GCAGCUCCAAUGAAUCCACACUCCUGUGUUUCCUUCCCCCAUCCUCAGGCUCUCCAAUCAAGACACUCAGGACUUAUUUGUCUAAAUCACACUUCAUUCUGGCCGCAGUUCCAAAUGACAAAACCUCUCUGUUCUGUCUGAGUUGAUUUGACACUCCUCUCCUCUCCUCUCCUAUUAUGCUUGGGGCAUUAUCAACGUCUAUUGCCCGUCCUCUAGAAGAACGAGGCAGCACCACCGUUCCGUCAUGGACACCCCUAACAACUACCAAGACUCUCUGAAGAUGGGAGAUGAGCCGAGCUUCGCCGGCCGGUCAGCAUUGCCCGAUAACGAUGAGAUCGAGCCGACGGAGCCAUCUGCCGAAGAAGUCAGCAACCAUGUUGCCUCACUCAGCAGACUCGCCAUGCCUGCCGAUGGUGCUGAGUGUCCUCAAUUCUCCGAGCAGAAUCCGACUCAGCGAUUCGCUCCUCUUGGCGGAUUCACAUCCGACGUCCCUGUUGUGGUGGCAUACCAGACUCCUACCAUGUAUCAAGGUUUUCAUGGCUUCCAUCCGCGGACAAGUGCCUCCUCCUCAGGGGCGCAGUUCGCGGCCCCAAGUGGCGUCAUGACGCCCAUGGUGUACGAACAGCAAGAUGUCUUUGCGUCUGCUCCAUUUUCGAAUAUAAACAUAACUCAGCCGGUAAACAUGCCAAAUCUGCGAGAAGCUAGCAGGCCUCCAGCAUCACAUCCUCCGAUUAAUAGCUUCGACGUCGUCACUGCCAACAUCAACGGCACGCGCAUUAUUGCAAAGCUUAACUGGCGUACCGACUUUUGCAUUCUUCAAAGUAGGGUUGCAAGACAAGCUAGAUUGCCAAUCUACCACAUUCCAUGGCAAAGACAGCGAGCCAUUAUCACCCCAAUUGGCUCCACAACGCCGACCCGUUACUCCGUCUUCAACCUCGAAAUCCCAGAGCUCGGGGUUAGCCGCCGGACCAUGAACGUUAUGUUGGUCAACUGGCCUGAAGCGUUGACCCACAUGUAUCUCGGCCGACUGUUUCUCCAAGGCUUGAAUGGCCAAGGCGCGAGUGAAGCCGCACCCCAGACCAAUCAUGCAGUGGUUCAUGCACACAACCGCCCGACGAACCGCGUUAGGCCGCGAUCACUGGGCUCUUCCGCCAUUGGCAGUGAUGUGUCCACGGCAAACAGAACCUCCACGCGUUGGGGAGACGACGGCUGGCAGACACGACAGACCGGGAGACCCAACCGCCAUUUUCUCAACAUACCUGGCACGCAGAGGCGAGGACAGACUUCUUCCACGCUUUCUCCCAGCAGUCACACCAACAUCUCAACUGCUUGGGCCUCCAUGUCGCCUCUUACAACCCCUUGCUCCAGGCCCCUGACCAUCCCUUCAUCCAUGACCAGCCUGACAGGCCCUCAAACCUUGGGCAUGGCUGCGGAGGACGAUGAGAUAUAUGCCAACGACUCAUGCUUUGACGGCGACUUCACCGAAGCUUCAGCCUCGGGCUUAGAUCCUACAGAUGCUAACUCCUUCAGAGGGAGUUUCGAAGGCGACCUCUGAUUCUCGGCAUGGUUGAUUCCCGCCUAGCAAGGAAGGGGCUUUGUUGACCUAAUCCUUCAAGCACUGGCAGACAUCUUCUCUCCUCGUUUUUCUUCCUUUCUCCUUCUUCUUUUAGACAGGCAGCCCACAGCACACCUUUUCUCUUACAAUUUUACAAAGAUAAUCGAAGACAACAGGAUAUUUGUCACAUUUGCUGCGGCGGGGAUUUGGACUGACCCGGAGGAUUCUUUUUGCUUUGAUCACUUACAUUACGAAGAUAUGUCUUAUGUCUCAAUCACCUGUUCACACAUCAGCAUACCAAAAACAUUAGAAAGGGUUCACAGGACGGCAUCAUGCCUUAGAUCUAAGAGGCCACAGAAGAAGAAGGCCAUAUCGGUUGCGAAACUGGAUCGUACAUCGAUCUCCUUUUUCUUAUAACUAAUUUAUUUUC